CUUCCGCUCAUUGCAGGAGUACAGAGUCCAGCGUGCUUUCUCUGAAUCAGUGUGUCUCUCUCUCUCUCUCUUCCCCUCUCUGUGGCUUUUACCACAUUGGAGCGCAGCACUAUCUUUCUCAUUGUGCAUGUUGGAGUGUCGGCAGCCUGUGUGAGGAUGGGGGGAUGAUGGUGGAAGGGAGGAAAGAAGUCUGAGGCAAGCGGGAUGCUGCGGUGUUGUUGUGCCAGCAUUUCACCCCGGGGCUGACUGCUGCAGGAUCACCCACAGAGGGACUUUUCCAGUUAACUUCUUACAUCUCAGCCACCAUUGGACAUUUAUAUUUUAGAAGGGGGGGACCAGCGAAACCCUCUUCAAUCCACUUUCCCCAGCCCUUUUAUUUUCUACUGGACUGAUGGAGCUACAGAGGGCGACCAGUAUGCCUGGCCCCUUGUCCCCAGGGCAUCUCUCUCCAGGGUCCCACUCCCCAGGGGCCCUGUCCCCUUCUUCUGGGCCUGGCCCCUCUCUAGCCUCCAGCCCUGGCCCUGAUCCGGGCUACUCCGCCAAACAGGCUGCCUUCAACUACAACCAGCUGGAGGGCCGUUUUAAGCAGCUGCAAGAUGAGCGCGAGGCGGUGCAGAAGAAGACCUUCACCAAGUGGGUCAACUCCCACCUAGCCAGAGUGUCCUGCAGGAUCACUGACCUCUAUAUGGACCUGAGGGAUGGACGCAUGCUCAUCAAACUACUGGAGGUCCUCUCUGGGGAGAGACUGCCCAAGCCCACUAAGGGGCGCAUGCGUAUCCACUGCCUGGAGAACGUGGACAAGGCCCUGCAGUUCCUCAAGGAGCAGAGGGUCCAUCUGGAGAAUAUGGGCUCCCACGACAUUGUCGACGGCAACCACCGCCUCACCCUCGGCCUAAUCUGGACCAUCAUCCUCCGCUUCCAGAUCCAGGACAUCAGAGUGGAGACGGAGGACAACAAGGAGAAGAAGUCUGCUAAAGAUGCCCUGCUACUGUGGUGCCAGAUGAAGACUGCAGGAUAUCCCAACGUGAACAUUCACAACUUCAGCACCAGCUGGAGAGAUGGCAUGGCCUUCAACGCCAUCCUCCACAAACACAGACCUGACCUGAUAGACUUUGACAAGCUGAAGAAGUCCAACGCACACCACAACCUGCAGAAUGCCUUCAACCUGGCAGAGCAACACCUGGGUAUCCACAAGCUACUGGACGUAGAGGAUAUCAGCGUGGACCACCCGGAUGAGAAGUCCGUCAUCACCUAUGUUGUGACCUACUACCACUACUUCUCCAAAAUGAAGGCUCUGAAGGUGGAGGGAAAACGUAUUGGGAAGGUACUGGACAAUGCCAUUGAGACAGAUAACAUGAUUCAGAAAUAUGAGAGUCUGGCCUCUGACCUCCUGGAAUGGAUUGAACAGACCAUCAUCAUCCUCAACAACCGCAAGUUUGCCAACUCCUUAGUGGGGGUGCAACAACAGCUUCAGGCCUUCAACACCUACCGUACCGUGGAAAAGCCCCCCAAGUUCACAGAGAAGGGCAACCUGGAGAUUCUCCUCUUCACCAUUCAAAGUAAGAUGAGGGCCAACAAUCAGAAGGUCUACAUGCCACGGGACGGCAAACUCAUCUCAGACAUCAACAAGGCCUGGGAGAGGCUGGAGAAGUCGGAGCAUGAGAGGGAGCUGGCACUGAGGACGGAGCUGAUUCGUCAGGAGAAACUGGAGCAGCUGGCCCGCCGCUUCGACCGCAAGGCCGCCAUGAGAGAGACAUGGCUGAGUGAAAACCAACGCCUCGUCUCGCAGGACAACUUCGGCUUCGACCUGCAGGCAGUGGAGGCUGCAACCAAGAAGCACGAGGCCAUCGAGACGGACAUCGGCGCCUACGAGGAGCGUGUGCAGGCUGUGCUCUCUGUGGCCAAGGAGCUGGAGGCGGAGAACUACCACGACAUCAAGCGUGUGACUGCGAGGAAGGACAACGUGCUGCGUCUGUGGGAGUACCUGCUGGAGCUGCUGAAGGCCCGGCGCACCCGUCUGGAGAUGAACCUGGGCCUGCAGAGGGUCUUCCAAGAGAUGCUCCACAUCAUGGACUGGAUGGACGAGAUGAAGAUGCUGCUGCUGUCCCAGGACUAUGGGAAACACCUGCUGGGAGUGGAGGACCUGCUGCAGAAGCAUGCUCUGGUGGAGGCUGAUAUCGCCAUCCAAGCCAACCGCGUCAAAGCCGUUAACAACAACGCUCAGAAGUUUGCCAUCGAUGCAGAGGGCUACAAGCCCUGUGACCCUCAGGUUAUCCGGGACCGCGUGGCCCACAUGGAGUUCUGCUACGCAGAGCUGAGCCAGCUGGCAGCCGAGCGCUGCGCCCGCCUGGAGGAGUCCCGCCGCCUCUGGAAGUUCUUCUGGGAGAUGGCCGAGGAGGAGGGCUGGAUCCGGGAGAAGGAACAAAUCCUGUCCUCGGAGGACUGUGGCAAGGACCUGACGGGCGCCGUGCGCCUGCUGAGCCAGCAUCGCGCCUUCGAGGACGAGAUGAGCGGUCGCGCUGGCCACUUGCAGCAGACCAUCAAACAGGGAGAGGAGCUGGUGGCCGCAGACCACUUCGGAGCUGACAAGAUCCGCAAGCGCAUCCAAGACAUCCAGGCGCAGUGGGCGGCCCUGGAGGGGCUGUCUGCAGUCAGGAAGGCCCGGCUGGAGGAGGCCUGCAACCUGCACCAGUUCCAGGCUGACGCAGACGACAUCGACACCUGGAUGCUGGAUGUACUCCGCAUCGUGUCCAGUGCCGACGUUGGCCACGACGAGUUCUCCACCCAGGCCCUGGUCAAGAAGCACAAGGACGUGGCCGAGGAGAUCACCAGCUACCGACCAGUCAUCGACGCCCUGCACGAGCAGUCCAAAACCCUACCCAAGGAACAGACUGGCUCAGAGGAGGUGCAGGGGCGCCUGGCAGGCAUUGAAGAGCGCUACAAGGAGGUGGCUGAGCUGACCCGUCUGAGGAAGCAGGCCCUGCAGGACGCCCUGGCCCUCUACAAGAUGUUCAGCGAGGCGGACGCCUGUGAGGUGUGGAUCGAUGAGAAGGAGCAGUGGCUCAACAGUAUGGAGAUACCAGAGAAACUGGAAGAUCUGGAAGUGGUUCAGCACAGGUUUGAGAGUCUGGAGCCAGAGAUGAACAACCAAGCAUCCCGCGUUGCCGUGGUGAACCAGAUUGCUAGGCAACUAAUCCACAGUGGUCACCCCAGUGAGAAGGAGAUCAAAGCCCAACAGGACAAACUCAACACCAGAUGGAGCCAGUUCCGUGACCUAGUUGACCUGAAGAAAGACUCCCUCAACUCAGCUCUGGGCGUGCAGAACUACCACCUGGAGUGCAAUGAAACCAAGUCGUGGAUCCGUGAGAAGACCAAGGUGAUCGAGUCCACCCAGGAGCUGGGCAACGAUCUUGCCGGGGUCAUGGCCCUACAGCGCAAACUCACCGGCAUGGAGCGUGACCUGGCUGCCAUCGAGGACAAGCUGGGAGAACUGGGGAAGGAGGGGGAGUGCCUGGCGACUGAGCACCCUGACCAGGCCCAGGGCAUCAUGGGUCGUCUGGGGGAGAUCACAGGGGUGUGGGAUGAGAUGAAGGGCACCUUGAAGAAUCGCGAGGAGUCUCUGGGAGAGGCCAGCAAGCUACAGCAGUUCCUCCGGGAGCUGGAUGACUUCCAAUCAUGGCUGUCCAAAACCCAGACGGCCAUCGCCUCAGAGGACAUGCCCAACACACUGACGGAGGCCGAGAAGCUUCUGGCGCAGCACGAGGGCAUCAAGAACGAGAUCCGCAACUACGAGGAGGACUACCAGAAGAUGAGGGACAUGGGCGAGAUGGUGACCCAGGGCCAGACUGACGCCCAGUACAUGUUCCUGAGGCAGAGGCUGCAGGCCCUGGACACGGGCUGGAACGAGCUGCACAAGAUGUGGGAGAACCGUCAGAACCUACUGUCCCAGUCCCAUGCCCACCAGCUGUUCCUCAGGGACACCAAGCAGGCUGAGGCCUUCCUCAACAACCAGGAGUAUGUGCUGGCCCAUACAGAGAUGCCCAGGACUCUGGAGGGGGCGGAGGGAGCCAUUAAGAAGCAGGAGGACUUCAUGACCACCAUGGACGCCAACGAGGAGAAGAUCAAAGCUGUGGUGGACACCGGACGCAGGCUAGUCAGCGAUGGAAACGUCAACGCUGACCGCAUCCAGGAGAAAGUGGACUCUAUCGAUGAGAGACAUAAGAAGAACCGCAUGGUGGCCAGUGAGCUUCUCUGUAAGCUGAAGGAUAACAGAGACCUGCAGAAGUUCCUCCAGGACUGCCAAGAGCUCUCCCUGUGGAUCAAUGAGAAGAUGCUCACGGCUCAGGACAUGUCGUACGACGAAGCCAGAAACCUCCACAGCAAAUGGCUCAAACACCAGGCGUUCAUGGCCGAGCUGCAGUCCAACAAGGAGUGGCUGGACAAGAUCGAGAAGGAUGGAAUGCAGCUGAUGGCUGAGAAGCCGGAGACAGAGUCCAUGGUGAAGGAAAAGCUGGCAGCGCUCCAUAAGAUGUGGGAUGACCUGGAGUCCACCACCCAGACCAAGGCCAAGUGUCUGUUUGAUGCCAACAAGGCCGAGCUGUUCACCCAGAGCUGUGCCGACCUAGACAAGUGGUUGGUAGGAGUGGAUGGACAGAUCCAAUCAGACGACUAUGGCAAAGAUCUGACCAGUGUCAACAUCCUGCUCAAGAAACAACAGAUGCUGGAGAGCCAGGUGGAGGUGCGUCAGAAGGAGGUGGAGGAGCUGCAGAGCCAGGCCCAGGUCCUCAGCCAGGAGGGGAAGGAUACGGACGAGGUGGACGGCCAGCGCCGCAUCGUGGAGAAGAAGUUCCAGCAGCUGCUGGACCCUCUACGGAAGAGGAAGGGAAACCUCAUGGCCUCCCGCGAGAUCCACCAGUUCAACAGAGACAUGGAGGACGAGAUUCUCUGGGUUGAAGAGCGAAUGCCACUUGCAAUAUCAACAGACCACGGAAACAACCUGCAAACUGUCCAGUUACUCAUCAAGAAGAACCAGACCCUGCAGAAGGAGAUCCAGGGCCACCAGCCCCGCUGUGAUGACAUCUUUGAGCGGGGCCAGCAGGUCCUCAAGGAUGACGACGACAGCCUCAGCAGCGAGGGGAUCCACCAACGGCUGGCCGACCUGCGGCGCCUGUGGGCCCAAAUUCUGGAGGAGACGGGCAAACGCCAUGGACGUCUGGAGGAGGCCCACAAGGCCCAACAGUACUACUUUGAUGCUGCUGAAGCCGAGGCCUGGAUGAGCGAGCAGGAGCUCUACAUGAUGUCAGAGGAGAAAGCCAAGGAUGAGCAGAGCUCUGUGGCCAUGUUGAAGAAGCACCAGAUACUGGAGCAGGCUGUGGAAGACUACGCUGAAACUGUCCACCAGCUGUCCCAGACAAGUAGAGGCCUGACGGCCGCCGGACACCCUGAAAGUGAGCGGAUCGGCAUGCGUCAGUCCCAGGUGGAUAAGCUGUACGCGGGGCUCAAGGACCUGUCGGAGGAGAGGAGGGGGAAGCUGGACGAGAGGUUCCGUCUGUUCCAGCUCAACAGGGAGGUGGAUGACCUGGAGCAGUGGAUCGCUGAAAGGGAAGUAGUGGCUGGGUCACAUGAGCUGGGACAGGACUAUGAACAUGUCACGAUGCUUCAGGAGCGUUUCCGUGAGUUUGCUCGCGACACGGGCAACAUCGGUCAGGAGCGUGUGGACACCGUCAACCAGCUGGCGGACGAGCUCAUCAACUCGGGCCACACCGACGCAGCAACAAUCGCGGAGUGGAAGGACGGGCUGAAUGAAGCGUGGGCCGACCUGCUGGAGCUAAUCGACACACGCACGCAGAUCCUGGCGGCGUCCUUUGAGCUGCAUAAGUUCUACCAUGACGCCAAGGAGAUCCUCAACCGCAUCCUGGACAAACACAAGAAGCUGCCUGAGGAGCUGGGCCGAGACCAGAACACAGUGGAGACCCUGCAGAGGAUGCACACCACCUUUGAACACGACAUCCAGGCCCUGGGGACACAGGUGAGGACGUUGCAGGAAGAUGCUGUGCGUUUGCAGUCUGCCUACGCCGGAGACAAGGCUGAUGACAUCCAAAAGAGAGAGGGUGAGGUGCUGGAGGCCUGGAGGACCCUGCUGGAAGCCUGCGACGGCCGCAGGGUCAGACUGCUCGACACCGGCGACAAGUUUCGCUUCUUCAGCAUGGUGCGAGACCUCAUGCUCUGGAUGGAGGACGUCAUCCGCCUCAUCGAGGCUCAGGAGAAGCCCAGGGACGUGUCGUCCGUGGAGCUCCUGAUGAACAACCACCAAGGCAUCAAGGCUGAGAUCGACGCCCGCAACAACAGUUUCACCAACUGCAUUGAGCUGGGCAAGUCCCUGUUGGCAAGGAGACACUAUGCAUUAGAGGAGAUCAAAGAGAAGUUACUACAGUUGACAGACAAAAGGAAAGACAUGAUUGACAAGUGGGAGGACAGAUGGGAGUGGCUAAGAUUGGUUCUGGAGGUGCACCAGUUUGGUAGGGAUGCGGGUGUGGCCGAGUCAUGGCUGCUGGGACAGGAGCCGUACCUGUCCAGCAGGGAGAUGGGUCAGAACGUGGACGAGGUGGAGAAACUCAUCAAGAGACACGAGGCCUUUGAGAAGUCCGCUGCCACCUGGGAGGAGCGCUUCUCAGCGCUGGAACGGCUGACUACGAUGGAAUUACUGGAAGUGAGAAGACAGCAAGAGGAGGAAGAGAGGAAGAGGAAUCCGCCACCUGCAGAGACCCAGACGGACGAUGCAUCGCCACAGCAGAGGGAGGGUGAGCAGGUGUCUCAGAACGGACUGCCAUCGGACCAGGACUCCCCUCGGGACAACGGAGAGGAAAGUGACAUCGUUAAUGGGGUGGAGGAGCCCAGCCCAGGUGGGUCGCCCAGUGAAGCACGCAAGGUCAUGCCCAGCCAGGCUGCCACACUCCCGGCCAAGUCCCAGGACUCAGCCCCAGCCAACCAGAUGGAAGGAUACCUGCACCGCAAACACGAGUGGGAGGGUCACAACAAGAAGGCAUCCAGCAGAUCCUGGCACAAUGUGUAUUGCGUGAUCAACAACCGGGAGAUGGGCUUCUACAAAGACCAUAAGAGUGCCAGCCAGGGGAUCCCUUACCACAACCAGAUCCCCAUCAGCCUGAAGGAUGCUGCGUGUGAGGUUGCCCUCGACUACAAGAAGAAGAAACAUGUGUUCAAACUGAAAGCUACAGAUGGCAAUGAGUAUCUCUUCCAAGCCAUCGAUGAUGAGGAGAUGAACUCGUGGAUGCAAGCCAUCUCCAGCGCUGCGUCCUUUGAUAAGACAGAGAUGACCCCCAGCAGCCAUAGCACCCCCGCCUCCAGCCGAGCCCAGACCCUGCCCGCCUCCGUCGCCCUGGCAACUGAGUCCAGCCCUGGCAAGCGUGAGAAGGACAAAGAAAAGCGCUUCAGCCUUUUCAGCAAAAAGAAAUAGACCCCUCAGCCCCCCCAAUGCCAUUCCUCUUCUCUCCCCUGCUCCUCUUCCUCUUAAAGCCAGACUCCAGCAUGCAAGCUCAGAGCCAAAACUCCACACUCUGUGCCUAACAAUCCUACAGCUGGGCUCAGAGGUCAAAUACAGUAUGCCAUUUUCUUUUUUAAGAUAAGGAACAAACUAAAAAAGAUGAGAAAGGAUGUUACGGUAGAUAUGAUGCUUUGGGCAGCUGCCAUUGUAAACCAUCCAUAAUUCACAGCUGAAAAACAAGUUUCCAGUUAAGAUUUCUUUGUAUUUUCUCUCUGUUUUCCUGCUUUCUCAUCCCUGUGCUUUUCACUUGUUGCUUUGGUUAUUUUUUCCCCGUUCUUUUUGUAAUAGUAUGUAGUUUCUAGGGUCUGGCCUCAGUUUUGUGAGGCGAUCUUUGAAAGAUGACAUUCUUCUGAGUUGAAAAGCAAAGUCAGCGGUGCUUUGAACUGUGUGUAUAACUUGUCUUUAACAAACUAUUAAAAACCAGUUUAAUUUCACUUACUAAUAAUAAGCUCUACAACCAUUAUAAGCUUCAAUGUAAUCUCAUUUUAUCCCCUAAAACUUAGUAUAACACAUUAAUUUGGAUGAAAAGACGGGGGUUAAUAUUCUUCAUCACUGUGACAAAUUUCUGUCAUAUCGCUUCAAGAUAUUGGACUUUCAAGAAGCAAAUGGUUCGUUUAAGACAACUGGGAACUCAGAAAAAUAUGAAAUCAAAUCAUGACUUCAGUGAUCUUCAGGCCAGAACUCUAGAAAGAGGCUGGAUGACGUUCAAAACUAUUUUUCUCAGUCGGAGCUCUUUUUUCUUUCUUUUUUCGACUUCCCCGUUGUCUUAAACGCACUGAAGUCGGGAGUCAAAGAUUUCCGAGUUCCCAGUUGUUUUGAACACAGCCAAAGUGUCACUUGCCAGAUCAUAAUGUUCAUGCAAAACGAUGUGGCAAGUGACACUUUGCUUCUUGAAAGGCCAAUAUCUUGAAACUUGACUGCUGACAUGCAAAACAUUUUGGGACUAUAUCAACUGUGGACUAAUGAAACAAAUACAAAAAUAUAGUUUUUGGGUGGAGUUUUCCUUUAAGUUUCAGUCAUGUUUUUUUGUACAAUGUUAUCAUAUACUACUCCGGCUCAAUAAAUUGCUAAGACCAGUCAGAAUGUUGGAAACCAUGAAGAAUUAGAACACAGAUUAAGGUUUAUUUCUGUAAUUUUUGAAAACAUUAUUCUGUGCUUUUUUUAAAUUUGUUUUCCUACAUAUUUGUGUUGCAUUAUGUAUGUUUAAAAUGUAUUGCGCAUAAAAAUGUAUGUACAAUACAAUAAACACUUUAAGCAUUGUUGUUAAGUGGAAAAGUGAAUUCUAAAGCAUUUACUGGAAUAAGUCAUGUCAUGGAAAAAUGGUUGCUUGCUUGUUGGCUAUAGCACUGCAUAUUAUCAUUUUUGCUAAAAUCUCUGGCUAUCUGAUAAAUAGUGUGCAUUUCUCUGUCACUGUAACUAUUGUAAUGAAAUAUUUCUUCAUGUUGCACAAUCAACAAUGCCAUGAUGGGAGAAAGCUUGUUUGCCAUAGCAGGUUCUCUAGGUAUGUAGUUUAAUAUGGACCAAGGUCACAGGUAGAUGGAACUGCACCAGUAGACUUUUACCCUCUCUGUUAAAUAUGUGCAAAACCAUUAAAUUGCUUUUAAGAUGA